UGUUAGUAGCGGUAUCUAAUGAAAUCAGUUUGCAAAAUAAUAAUUGGAUGUUAUAUUUGUUUCAUGUUUAGUUCAUGCAACGACUAACAUACCGGUUCAUGAUAGAAUUUUGCAUCACUAGCGGACUAGCCAACCCGAACGAAAUGCAGAAAUGUGGUGUUCUUAUCAUGCGUUCUCCUGUGAUUAAGGUCUUUUGUCGUAAAUGCAGAACUUUGCUUUUAACUUAUCGAAAAGGUGGGUCUGGAAGUCUGCAGAAAUGUUUCACAGCAAAAAUUAAGAAUGAUUUUACCAGUGAGCCCGGAUUUUGCCAUGUCUGUGGAAGUCAAUUUGCAAGGCAAACGAUAAUAAGGAACUUACCUGCAUUACGAAUUAUUGGCGGGAAAGUGUACUGGCGUUAGUUCAGUAGUUACGAUAUAUCUUAUGGUGUUUUGAUAAACAAAGCUUUGAUAAUGGCUUCUCUUGACGAUUUGAAGAAUGAAUUCUCGAGUGUUUCAAACUCAAUAUCAGAAAUUCAAAGAAAAGUACAAGUCUUGUUAGAAAGGCAGGAAAAAUAUCAAGCAAGAAAAAAAGAUCUUGAAUUAGAGAUAGAGAAGCGAGAGAGUUUAUUCAACAAAAAUAAAUUGACAAAAGAUGCAGAUGAAAUCAAAAUGAACUCAACAGACUUUGACUGGAGUCAAGCACUCAAAACUGUUCUGUGUGACAAUUUCGGUGUAAAAAAUCUUCGAGAGAUGCAACUCGAGACGAUGAAUGCAACAAUGUGUAAACGAGAUGUUAUACUUAUCAUGCCUACUGGUGGAGGAAAAAGUCUUUGUUAUCAGGCACCUGCUUUGAUAUCUGGGUUGACCCUUGUGAUAUCACCUCUGAUAUCACUCAUUGAAGAUCAAGUGCUUGCUUUGAAAAACUUGGGAAUAAAUGCAAAGAAGCUCAGUGCAUCUUCCACAAGGCAAGAAGUGAAUGAAAUACACAAAGAAAUGGUUGCAAAAGAUUCAGAGUUGAAAUUAUUGUAUGUUACACCUGAAAAAAUUUCCAAGAGUAAACGUUUUAUGGCUCAGUUAGAAAAAUGUUAUAAAUCAGGAAAUUUGAGCAGGAUAGCAAUUGAUGAGGUUCAUUGUGCAAGUCAGUGGGGAAAUGAUUUCCGACCAGAUUACAAGAUAUUGGGAAUUCUCAAACGACAAUUUCCUGAUGCUCCACUACUUGGACUAACAGCUACAUCUACUGACAAGGUCACACUUGACACAAAGAAGAUAUUGAACAUCCCAUUUGCAAUGGUGUUCAAAACAUGUUUGAAUCGGCCCAACUUAUAUUAUGAAGUUCGAACCAAGCCUGAUUCCUAUGAUUCAACAAUUGAUGAUAUUGUACUGACUAUCAAUUCCAGAUUUAAAAAAUCAUCAGGUAUUAUUUAUUGCUUCUCUUGUAAAAAUUGUGAGGAAGUUUCAGACUCUUUAUGUAAGCGCGGAUUAUCUGCUUCAGCCUAUCAUGCAAGGAUGGAAGCACAAGAUAGAUAUAGAGUACAUAAACUUUGGCUGGGAAAUAAGAUUAAGAUUAUAUGUGCGACUGUUGCAUUCGGAAUGGGAAUUGAUAAACCUGAUGUUCGUUUUGUUAUCCACUUUUCUAUGAGCAAAAGCAUCGAAAAUUAUUAUCAGGAAUCAGGUCGAGCUGGUAGAGAUGGAUUGCCAGCAUUAUGUUUACUAUAUUAUGGAUUUGCAGACAUAUUUCGACAGAGCACAAUGGUACUUACGGAACAAACUGGUUUGACCAACUUGAACAAAGUGUUGGAAUAUUGUCAGAAUCUAAACAAGUGUCGCAGAAAAAUUCUUUUUUCACAUUUUGGAAAUGAAUGGCAUUCUGACCUUUGUCGAAGUAGCUGUGAUGUUUGCUGCUCUGCAAAUGGUGAAAACUUCAAAGAUAUAACAGAACUGUGCAAUGAUUUGGUUUCAAUCACCCAAAAAUCUUCUGCGGCCGGAGAAAGAUUAACUGGAGCUAAAUUGGUAGAUGCUGCCAGGGGACGAGGAAAAUUCAAAACUCAAAAUUCUAAUUUGAAAGCAAUGACUUCUGAAGAUGUACAACGGAUCAUUGUGUUUAUGAUCAUGAAUCAAUAUCUUAAGGAGGAUUUCCACUUCACACCUUAUGCAACUAUAAGCUACCUCGUUCCUGGUCCACAAUCAUCUUUUAUCUCUUUUAAUAAGCCUGAACUUUCUUUACCUUCCUCGAAAUCAAACUCUAGAAAGAGUUCUUCAUAUAAAACAUUUUGUGAAAAUUGGGAAACUAGAACUGAAUUCAAUCAUGAAAAUCAUUUGAAAAGGGAAAUGCCUGUAGAUGAGGGUCCUUCAUCUUCAAAGAAGUUCAAGUUGAACAGGGACACUGAUGAACCAUGCGAUCUAACAGUUGAUGAAAAAACUGAAAAUAAUGAUGUGGCGAUUAUUAUAAGUGAUAGUGAAGAUGAUUUGUUGUAAUUUUCUAAAAUAUUUUAUUCUUUUGUGUUGUUGGUGUUGGGAUUUGUAAGCUGGUUCUGUGGUAUAUAAAAACUCUAAAAGAGUUUGCGCUAUCCCACGGUUUAAUUGGGAUAUGCGUCAUGGUCUGGCGCCAGCGUUACCCUGACUAAUCGUUCCCAAUCGAUGUAAGUAUCAGGAUUGUAGGAAACUUGUCAAGACUUCUGCAAAAUGCCAGAAAUAUCGCUGAAUGAAUUCCAGAGUUGCAUGUAGUUCGCCAGAUGUCGUUUGGGAAUAUUUUCCUCGCCCUAUUGCAAACAUCUACCAAUCGUCACCAUUGAUCCGUAGUUGACGGUAACCAUGUCACUUUGUUCUCUCUUCAUUGUUCAAUAAAUGAGCUAGCUAUUCGACGAAGGGCAACAAAUGUGACCGCACUCUCGCGAAUGGUAAAAGCCCAUCCUUUGCGUUUGAUCUUUCACAUCACAGUUUGUAAAUCAUGGUUCCGAUUUCAAGAGAACAAUAUUAUCAUUACUGAAUCCGGGAUGAGAUAUUUAUGAAGCUGAUACCGUGUUUCCCCGAAAAUAAGACCUAGAAGCCAGUCAAUUACGCGAAAUGGUGGACCUCCUGAAGAUGGCGCACAACCUGAACUCAGGUUAGGGGGCAGGUUAUGCGACAUCUUAGUGCGCAUACUUCAGGAGUACCGAAAUGUUUUUUUGACCUAGCCGAUAGCAAGACAUCUCCCCUACCCGUUUUAAAUGAUUGAUAAUCUAGUCUAGACCCAGUCUUAUUUUCGGGGAAACACGGUAGUUUACCUGUUCAUGCUCUCAUCUUUCUGUGUUAUUUUCGCAUUAAAUAAUAAAUAAAAACUCCGCAAAUCCGGCUGUAUUGGGGGUAAAUCAUGUGAUCUUGUUUGAUAAAGGGGUCAAAUAUGCAAAAAAGGUUAAGAACCACUGAAUAAUACGAAUCGGAGUUGUUAAUUGAUUGCCGUAGGGCGUAGUGAACCUAAUUAUCGAAAAUUUGGGUAAUUAUUGUUAAAUUUAAUCAGACAAGACACUGGCGCUUUCCGGUGACUUCGAGAGUGUCGCGGUACACCCGUAAAUCUCCCACGGCACGCUGUAUCUGCACUGUGUAUUCGUAUCAAAUA